UGGACUCACUCAGAGCAUCUAAGUCUGGAGGGAGCCAAAGUGCUUAAUAACAGAUUACUGGUAUAGUCUGAAGCCACGAAAUCUGCUCACCUUUGAUCUUCUCUUGCUUCAGGAUCUCUGGUAUCUCUUGCCUUUUCAACAAAGAAACUGAGGAUCCUAGACAGCUUUCCAGAGCCCUUGGAUGCAGAUAAAACCUUAACUUUGGAUCCAGGGACAAAAGCAUCUCUUGGACAAAGACCUGCUGCUGACAACCUCCUCCCCAUCAUCUGAUUUACCCUGUCCUCUUCACGGGAAGCUCUGAAGCCAACAUGUGCACCCCCCAAAAGGUAGACUAUUCCAGAAUCUUUGGUGUUCAUGAUUCUCUACAGAGGGUGUGGGUCCUGAAUGGACAUUCUUUAAUAGCAACUCCAUUUCACAGAACCGUCAGUCCUGUCAGUCUUGAUUUAAUGACAUGUACAGACAAAGAAUUCCAUAAUACAGGAAAAGGCAAUCCAGUUUACUUGGGAAUCAAGAACAAGGGUCUUUGUCUUUUCUGUGGAGAAAUUCAGGGCAAGCCUACCUUAGAGCUUAAGGAGAAAAAUAUCAUGGAUGUACACAAUGAGAAGAAAGCACAGAAGCCUUUUCUCUUUUUCCAUAAUAAAGAGGGCUCCACCUCCACUUUUCAGUCCGUCUCCUACCCUGACUGGUUCAUAGCCACUUCCAAAAUAACAGAUCAGCCUGUCAUUCUCGCCAAUGAGAGGGGCAAAAGUUACAUCACCAACUUCUAUCUAGAGCCUCAGAACUUAAUCCAGCCUGGGCCGGAUAACUGAUUCCAGGAAAGAGGAUCAAGCAAUCAGAGAAUCUUCCAUUUGGAAACAUAGUAGGUCAUCUUCAUAGACCAACAUGCAUUGGUGCCCAUCCAUAGCCCACCUCAUUCUCAUCACCCAAAACCACCUCUUCCUCUAGACAGACAUUUGUGCUCCACGUUUCCUCAUCUGAACAUCAUCCCAGUAUGAAAUCUGAAUCAUUUUUUUAUUCUUUCCUGAUCUUGUCCCACUAUCCACUUAGCUGCCAAGUCCAGUUAAGUCAAUAUCCCAAAUGCUUCCUGUACACAUCUCUCUCUUCCUUUUCCUUCUGACAACCCGUGGCCUAGAGAUGUGAGUUCCAAACAUUUUUUUCAUACAAUCCUAUCAAUAAAAGAGUAUUAUUUGUUAA